AUGAUUCCCGCCUUCCAACUCCUGGCCACCUGUUAUAAACACCCGCCAGCCGAGGAGGUGAACCGCAGUGACCUGCCCCAGCUCAUCACGUGCGAGUCUGUCCGCGCGCUCGAGGCCGAGCUGGAUGGUGGCGAGGCCGUCAAGGCGCUGCGCCGCUUCAAUGACAACCUGCGGGCCCUCACCGCAGACAGCUGGGAGCCCGCCCUGCGCCCCGUGUUCAACGAGCUGUGCUUCAACCUGGAGUCCUUCAACCCGGCGUUUGCCGCGUGCGUGCUGAUGGUGCAGAAGACCAUCGGCGUGAGCGACUACGUGCGGCGCGACAUGGCCCUCAAGAACCUCAUCCAGCCCCUGGCCGGAGAGUGA